GUCAGCGACGUGGCCAGAUGCAGGACAACGCUCUCAGGACUACGCCGCAUAUAUGAGGAGCAGCACACCAUCGUGGCCAUGACGCGCGAAGAGCUGCUGGCCAAGGCCGAGCAACAGGAGCGAGCACAGAUGGCCCCAGAGGGCGUUCUCCGAUCCGCACUUGCACGCCAGAACAACUGCAAGCGGGAGGUUGAGCGCGGGGAGCCCAUCGCUAGGGACUUUAAGUCGGAGCUUGACGACAUGAGCAUCAAGCUGGCCGCGGCGAGCCAGCAGCUCGUGGCCGUCAAUGCGGAGGUCGCCCAGGCCAGACUCGCACUGGAGCCCGCAACGUCCUCAGGCUUGGUGGAGGCCGCCAACGAGAUCGCCUCCCUGCAGCAGAUCCUCCAGGGCGCCAGGGGCUCCACCAGUGCGGGCCACGACCACAACAUGGUGGGAGGGACCAUCCUGGACACCUUGGCGGACCACAUCAACAGGCUGGGCGCUGCAGUUCCCCCGUAA